GACUCAGUUCGGGCUCAUAUACGUGGGCGUCCGUCCGUCUUUCAAAACCACUGCAAUGAACAACAACGAAUGCGGUUUUUUGGUUCGCCGAUCACCUUUAAGGAAUGAUAACGAUGACUUUCGCCCGAGUACACGCGACGAUCGCCGAGGCAAGACGAUCGUCACCUGCGCGCGCGAUGCGUAAAAGCGCACAAUGACAACGAUAUGCGCGCACUGCGGUUCCGCCGCGCUUAAUCCGAAUCUGGAAAUGUGAAGGGUUUGGGAUUAGGAGGCUGUCAGGGUGAUGCGAAUUGCCCUCCUUUGUUCGCGCAGAUGAGGGUCUGACGUGUUCCCGGGGGAUUUUCAGUCGCAGUUCAAGCCCUGGCACUGGCGAGUCGGUCAGAAUCACACACACCUACACGCACAUGCACACACACUCUCAAAGCUGCUAUGACUUCCUGCAUGCGUCCGUACUGUGAUUUGUUUGCUCUUCGCAUGCUGCUGCUGCUCAUCUCGGUGCUGCUCCUGCUCGUGAGGUCCAAUUCGGCGGAUAACCGUUGCCUGUCUGCCCUCAUCUCCACAUGUGAAGACUGUCUAAGACGUGGCCCUGAAUGCGCGUGGUGCUCUCAGGAGAGGUUUCUGGAUGGGGCUCAUGUAAGCCAGCGAUGCGGAUCUGUGUCCGACCUGCGAGUCAGGGGAUGUGAAGAGGAAUUCAUCGAGAACCCAAAAGUGAAAGUGGAAGUGAACGCCACUAUCAACAGUUCACAGGUGGCACCAAGAGAAAUCACCAUCCAACUACGACCAGGCAGCGAGGCGAGUUUUGUGAUCGAAGUGCAACAGUUGGAACGGUACCCGGUGGACCUGUACUAUCUAGUGGACGUCUCGGCCUCCAUGCAGGACAACCUGGACCGGCUGAAGACGGUGGGUUUAGCUCUGUCUCAUCAGAUGAAGCAGCACUCCAGCGACUUCAGAGUGGGCUUCGGCUCUUUCGUGGAUAAACCUGUGUCUCCAUACAUCGACGUGCACCCUUCUAAACUACUCAACCCCUGCAGUGAAUACGAGGUUCACUGCAGACCGGCUCACGGCUUCAUCCACGUCCUCCCCAUCACCCAGAACAUGAGCGAGUUCACCAGAGUGAUCCAGGAGCAGAGGAUCUCAGGAAACAUGGACACACCGGAGGGAGGCUUCGAUGCCAUGCUGCAGGCCACCGUCUGCCAGAAGGACAUCGGCUGGCGUCCAGAAGCCAAGCAUCUGCUGCUGGUUAUGACGGAUCAGCCUUCUCAUCUGGCUCUGGACAGUAAACUAGCUGGUAUCGUGGUUCCUCAUGACGGCCGCUGCCAUCUAGAGGACAACAUCUACUCUCAGACAAGCACUAUGGAACACCCAACAGUCGCUCAACUGGCCGAGAAGCUUCUGGAAAACAGUAUUCACUCCGUCUUUGCGGUGGAUCAUGCGCAAUAUCAGUGGUAUGAGGAUUUAGUGGAUCUGAUUCCUGGAAGUUAUGUGGGUCAGCUGUUUCCCAAAGCAUCUAAUCUGAAAGAUCUAGUAGUGCAGGCCUACAAGAAGCUGCUGUCAGAUGUGGAGGUGCAGAUGGAGCUGCAGGACCCCCAGCAGGCUGAGCGUUUCUGGGUGAACGUCAGCGCGAUCUGCCCUGGAGGAUCCUCCGCUUCCGGAAACAGCAAAUGCUCCGGCGUUCAGCCCAAACAAACAGUGUUCUUCCAGCUGACAGUAGGCAUGCUCUCGUGUCCAGCUGGGUCUGCAGAUCAGGAUGUGUUGAUGCUGGUGCGGCCGGUGGGCUUCAAUGAGUCUGUGCAUGUGCGUAUCCGUCAGCUCUGCGGCUCCGGCUGCACUGAUCCUGAGCCCGAACCCUUGUCCUGCGUCUCAAACACUCCUGACGCUUGCAGAGAGCACAGAAACGCCCCUGUCUGCAGUUCUAGAGGUGUCUGCCGCUGCGGGACGUGUGUGUGCGACUCCAGCAGAUUCGGAAACAUCUACGGGAAGUUCUGUGAGAUGGACGAUUUCUCCUGUCCGUAUGAUGGAGGUCUGGUGUGUGGAGGUCACGGCCAGUGUGUCAGAGGUGAAUGUGUGUGUCUCUCAGGCUGGAUGGGUGAAGCUUGCACCUGUCCCGAGUCCACAGACAGCUGUGUGUCUGACGAUGGCCUCAUCUGCGGCGCUGUGGGAAAGUGUGUGUGUGGCAAGUGUUUGUGUGACGAUCCACGGCGAUCCGGAGCCUUCUGUGAGAAAUGUCCCAUGUGCCACAGCUCCUGUCAAUCGCACUGGAGCUGUGUGAACUGUCACCUGUCAAAUGGACUUGGAUCCGACGGUUUUCAGCUCUGUAAUCACAGCUGCUCUCCAUUGGUGGACUAUGUUGAUGACAUUACAGAGCUGGUCCGGGGGAAAUACUGCCUGUAUCCCAGCACUGAUAAGUGUCAGUACCGCUUUCUCAUGGACUUGGAAUCAGAUGGAGCUCAGCUGCACAUUAGCCGACAUCCUGUGUGUGUUUGGAGCCGGCGGUACUUUAAGACCUUUCUUAGCGUCUUCCUGCUGACCGUCACACUGGGCAUCGGGAUGUUGGCCGGCGUCCGGCAGCUGCUGAGAAUUACAGACCGCUCCUGCAUCUCCAAGACUGAGCCGCAGUUCGAGCACACACACAAGGACUCAUCUUACAUCCCGACGAGCAGCGAGAAAACCAUCACCUACAGGAGAGACCGUCUGCCCAACCACCCGGUGGAGAUGCACACACACAUACCCACACACACACACAAGAUGCCCAUCGGGGACGCCUGGUAGGGACACAAACAAGCACUACCUGAAUGAAAACACAAUCCUGAAGCACUUACUUCACCACAGCGGUAUCUUCAGUGGCUUUACUGAGGCUUCUUUUCGUUACGUGUCUAAUUUAUUAUCUUCAGUGGCAUUAAGAGCAGGAGAGAGAGAGAGAUAUGAAGAUUCCUGUUAAACUUGUGUGGUUUCUGGGCCAUUUUUCUGUGCUUCUCCAGUCGUCUCUCUGUUUUUUUACGCUUAUAGUUUGUUCAUUUGCAUCCAUUGGUGGAUGUGAGAGAGUUUUUACACUACAGACUCUGGCUGUGUUCAGAAUAGCAUACUAGCACACUGCUUGUACACUGAAAAAAAAUAAGCAUUGGAUUGACUCAUUUUUUUAAGGUAGCUGGUUGUAAACUAUUUAUAUGGGCUGGAUUUAGACAAAUAAAUUAAGUCAAACUUUAAUUUGUUUCAAAUUAGCCCAUAUUUAUUGUUUGCAACCAUUUAUUCAUUCGUUUUCCUUCGGCUCACUCCCUAUUCCCGAGGUAGCCACAGCGGAAUGAACCACCAACUAUUCCAACAUAUGUUAUACCUAGCGGAUGCCCUUUCAGUCGCAUCUCAGUAUUGGGAACACCCGUACACUCUUGCAUUCACGCACACACUCGUACACUACGGCCAAUUUAGUUUCCUCAAUUCCCCUAUAGUACAUGUGUUUGGACUAUGGGGGAAACUGGAGUACCCGGAGGAAACACAGGCCAAUUCGGGGAGAGCAUGCAAACUCCACACAAAUCCCAACUGGCCCGGCCGGGACUUGAACCAGCAACCUUCUUGAACUGAGCCACCGUGCCGCCUGUUGGCAACCAGUUACCUUAAAAAUGUAGUAAAUUCAAUGAAACACAGUAUACACUACAUGUAAACUACUUGUUGUACACUGCGAGAACUGAAUUUACAGUUUUAGUAACGCUUUAUAUUAAGGUGUCCUUGUUAUAUGUACAUAAAAUAGUAAUUAUGCAUAGUUGCAUGCAGCUAAAUCUAAACCUAACCAUAAUAUAUAGUAAGCACACUGUAUAAGUAAGCACAAAUAUGCAGAUUUUGCUGCUUGUUUAAAUUACUUAUUUAAAGGGCACGUAGUUUACCUCUUUUUUAUGAUUUAAUAUUAAUAUUAAGGUUCU